UUUCUUUCAUCGACUUCAUAACAAAGUCAACACAAGCUUUUGUCAACUUUCCUCUUCCUUUCACUACCCGACUCGCACGCAGCAAGCAUUCUGUAAUCUGCGCUUUCUCUGGAAACCUUGGUUUCUUGCUUGUAUGAAGAGAAAUCCUCUGCUCAAACCCUUUUGAUCCCCACAUGUGUUCUCUCUUCCUCGCAAACGCCAUGUUUGACCCCUUCCGUUCUCUCUCAACUCUAUAAAGAAAACCACUCAUUUCCUUCUAAACUACUAGGAUCAGAUCUUUUGUUGUUUUGAAAUUCUGAUCGUAAACUCUAUCUACUCAAAUCCAAAGUUGAUUCUUUGAUUCGUUCUUUGUUGGAUACGAAAUUGCGAAUUUCCUUUGUCUCUUCAUAUCACUGCUUAUUUAAUUAGUCUCCUUUGUCCACUAAUUUUAGUCUGUUGCUAGCGAAUUGCAGUCUUGCCAAUUUUUUUCUUGCUUCAAGCAGUCAUCUUCAAAAUGCUUUCUUUCCACCACCAUCUGUACUCUCGAUUAAAGCAUUAAAAUUUCAUGCUUACGGAUUUAAUAUUCGAAUUUCUGGGAUCCGCAGUGUCUUGUCUUGAGGAAUCCGGGUUUUCCUGUUUACCAUCAGCACUUAAUUUCUUCUAGGGAUUUGUUAGAGAGGGAAAUGUGGGAUGUUUUCGUGGUUGGCAAGGAUAGUUUCUGCGUGCUUGAGGCCGGUCAGGCGGUAUGCCCGCAUGAGCAAGGAUGACGUGGAUGAUCCUUCCUCGAUUGAAGACACUUUGCUAUGGUAUAAGGACCUCGAGAAACACUCGUGCGGCGAAUUCUCUUAUGCUGUGGUUCAGGCCAAUGAAAUUAUCGAGGAUCACAGCCAGGUCGAGACUGGCUCCGACGCAAUGUUUAUCGGAGUGUACGACGGCCACGGUGGUCCCGAAGCGUCUCUGUUCAUCAGCGAACACCUUUUCCAUCACCUAAUGAGGAUAGCUCGAGAUAAUGGUACUAUAUCUGAAGAUAUCCUGAGAGGUGCUGUUUCCGCGACUGAAGAUGGAUUUCUAACUUUUGUUCGAAGGACUUAUGGUAUAAAGCCAUUGAUGGCAGCGAUCGGUUCCUGUUGUCUGGCUGGUGUUAUUUGGAAAGGGACUUUAUAUGUCGCCAACCUUGGAGACUCUCGUGCUGUAAUUGGUUCUGUAGAUAGAUCUAAUAAGAUCGUUGCUGAGCAGUUGACUAGAGAGCACAAUGCUAGCAAAGAGGAGGUUCGACGUGAACUUAGGUCCUUACAUCCUGAAGAUUCGCAGAUUGUAGUUAUGAAGCAUGGAACGUGGCGCAUUAAGGGCAUCAUCCAGGUAUCUAGGUCUAUAGGCGAUGCAUAUUUGAAAAGACCAGAGUUUUCUCUUGAUCCUUCGUUCCCACGAUUCCACCUGCCAGAUCCCAUCCGGCGGCCUGUGCUGACAGCCGAUCCAUCUAUAUGUUCAAGGGUCCUACAACCUAAUGAUAAAUUCCUAAUAUUUGCUUCUGAUGGACUUUGGGAACACUUGACAAAUCAGGAAGCUGCGGAGAUCGUUCAUAACAAUCCUCGAACGGGGAUAGCAAGAAGACUGCUCAAAGCCGCCCUGAACGAGGCGGCUAGGAAGCGAGAAAUGAGGUAUAAAGAUCUGCAGAAGGUGGAGAGGGGGAUCAGGAGGUUCUUUCAUGAUGAUAUCACGGUUGUGGUUGUCUUCAUCGACCACGAGAUGGUUGGGAAGAAUAUUGCUGUGCCUGAAUUGUCCAUCAGGGGCUUCAUUGACACAGUUCGUGCAUCCAAUUUUAAGGUCGUUCGGGAUUGACGAUUGACAUCAAUGCAAUGUUCACUCUAUAGUUCUUUUACCAACGAACUUGAACGACUCUGCUUGUUUUAUGGGGAAUUAAGUUCAGAAAGUUGCAAUUCACAUUGACAUUUUUGCAGGAUCUCGUCCUUGUUUAUUCUGAACACUUCUUGGUGCCUAACCUUUACAAAUUGACACCUUAUCGCUUGGUAGACUGGCGCUUUUUUUUUUUUUUUUUUUGAGUUGGAAAGGGGGGGUCUUUGAGGUUAUAGAGAAGAGACAGACAUUGAAGUGUGACAAUGCCUCGUUUGUUUGAAUAAAGUCCGAUAAUUUGGAG